GGUACCUUAAAACAUAUGCGAAGUUAACGACAUCCCAUAACUCCCCUAGUGAACACCGCCAACUACCCAUUGCUGGGGAAUAGGAGCACUGAAUCGCAUACUGGUUUUCCAGAAUUUAUAGGGAAUCCUCCUCGGUGCACCCUCCGAUGAUGCGAUAAAUAGAUCUGCCUCACCUCAAUCUUCUCUGUUUUCUCUGCAAAUCCGACCAACAUCUUCAUAUUCCUCCCCCUUACCGCCAUCUUCCAAUAUGCACUUCUCUCAGGUCAUCCUCCCAUUCCUUUCCCUAUUCUCCUCUCGGGCUUUCGCCGCAUCUCCGUCCUCCGCUCAAGCUAGGUCAGCGGACAUCCUGUGUUGGCCGGUAGCCUCGUCUCAACCCUCGGUACUCGCCCGCGUCUCGUACGAUCCUGCGUCUUUAACGUCAAAUGUGGUAGCCUAUUCUCCACCAAGGAUUGCGGAUCUUGAAGGCCGCCGUGAUUUAGAAGCAGAUGUCCAAGAUCUCGUCCGCGUGGGUCUCUUCACCUCCACGCCAACCAACCCACAACAAUGGGUAGGGUCUCUUACGUCCCUCUUUUUGCUUGCAGAGAGUGAGGACCAAAAGCCAACUCUGCGACUUCAUCUUGGGCCCUCAGGCGAGGUCUACCACGUUUCAUUGGCGGCGUCUUCAUCAUCUGCGGCAACGUCCAGCUCAGCAGGCUUGAACAUAGAACUCCUUUCCAGCGAAGACGGUCCGCGUCCGCAUCUCAAUCGGCCUGUUGUUGUCGGCCCAGAUGGGAAGAAUCCAGAAGAGGUCGUUGAGAAGACCUUUUUCCAGAAAUAUUGGUGGGUCUUCCUCAUUAUUGCAUUUUUGGCCAUGUCAGGUAGCGCUGAAGGACAAUAAAUUUCACAAUUUAUCCGUCGGCGUAUCUGUCAGUCCUCCAUCUAUGGCUUCGUGGACAGGAGGCGUAGUGCCUUCAAGACUUGCGACGCAGAUCGCGCAGAUCCGCACGGUCGAGAUUUUCUGUCUACGCCUCUCUUCCCAAUCAGGCUCUCGGGCAUCCAAGGAGGCCCCAGCCGGCGCGGAGAAUUGUUAUUCUUCCUUUUAAUGUUUAGACGUAGAUGCCUCAUUCUCGACGCAUCCAUGUGUUGAUUGUUCUUUAUUCUAUUCCAUCCACCUCAUGCAGAGCAUUGUCUCGUUCUCAUCGCGGCGAGUAGUUACUUUGAAAACGCCACGGAGGUGAAAAUCGGUAAAGGUAUGGAGUGGCAGGAGCUCGUCUGCUGUAGACCAGCGUCCAAUGUGUAUCCGACCAUCCCAGCACCAUACCGUUAUCCCAUGCCAAACGUUCUCUACUUCUUCUUGCACUAGUCAAUGAAAGAUG